AUGGCCAAGCGGAGAACCUUGAUGCUCAAGUUCUUUGGAGUAUCAAGACAAGUUGAUUCACAUGGAUCGUCUUAUAGACCAAAGACAAGGCUCAAACUUAGAGAAACUAAAGGCAAGUGCCUCUGGAGCAUAGAUCUUAAAUGCACGACUUGGCAUCUAACAAUGAGGGAAAACGUUUCAGAUACUAGUAAAAUCCUUAACAGAAAUUGGGUCUUGAAACGUAAGCGAAGAAAGCUUCCAUGUGGUACAGACAAGUCCAGUGGCAGAGAAAAAAAUUCCAAAUUUAUAGAAUGUUCAUCAAGCACUUCAUCCAAACGUGGCCUGAAAGAAAAACUUGCUUCAGAUCAUUCUUCUGGCAAGAAAAAAGGAACUGAUGGGUAUUAUUAUGAGUGCGUGGUUUGUGAUCGUGGUGGAAAUUUGCUGUGUUGUGAGAGCUGUCCCAGUACCUAUCACCUUCAAUGUUUAGAUCCUCCUCUAAAGCGUAUUCCUUCUGGGAAGUGGGAAUGCCCAACCUGCUGUCAGAAGAGUGCUUCGUUGGAGCCCGUGAACUACCUUGAUCCUGUCACAAAACGACCGCGGACAAAAAUUAUCAUUCGAAGAUCAAAAGCUGAAAAUGAAUCAUCUGAAACUAACAAGGAUGGUUCUGUGGAGGGUAGUUCAUCACAUGCUGGUGUUGAUAGGAAGCUGGACGUCUCCCUUGCUCACAUACCAGUAGAGAACUUAGCUACUUCUGUUAAGGAAAUGUCUUCUUCAAAGAAAAGAAAUUCACCUAUGGAUGAGAAAGCUUCUGAGAAAAAGCCUGAAGCAUCUCGUAGAAAAGAAUCUCCUGGAAAUGGACCUGUCAUUGCAAAGGAAACUGCCACCCGGAUACGCAGGAAAAGAAAGCACAAGGUUUAUUCUCUCAGUGAUGAGAAAAAGUGCAAGAGUGACAAGGGAAAAUCUACUACAGAUUCUUCUGGAAAAGGUGUGUCCAAAGCAAAAGCUGCAUGUCCAGGAAUUUCUAAAUCAAAGGGAAAACGUAAGAUAUUUUGCCAUGGGGAUUGUGCAACUCCAGUAAAGCAGGAUGUUGUUGAUAACCAACUAAAAAAUGAGACGAUUUCCAAGGAAAUAGCUUGUGGAUCACACGAAUCAUGUGAAGCAGCAAAAAUUGCAGCUGACUCCUUGACAUGUGAAGAAAAUGCUGCUGAAGUUCAGCAGGUUGAUCGGGUUAUGGGGUGUCGAGUGAAAAGUGAUAAUGUAAAUUCUGCUUGCAACGUUCUCAUGAUGGAUGUGGAUGAACUUCCUUUGGAGGAUCCCAUAGUUGCAGAAGAUCUAAAUAAACUGUCUGGGAAAAGUCCCAGCUCUGAAAUGCCUGGGAUAGGCAAAGGAAACUGCGCCAUGGGUUGUCAGAAUAUUGCUAGCUGUUUUGAUGGGAGCAAGAAUGUAACAGAUCACAUGAAUGAAGGUAAGCUACAAGUAUACAGAAGAUCUUCAACCAAAGAAUGUAAAGAUCGAAAUUUCAAGGAUCCUUUGAGGAGAGACAUUGAAAGUUCUAAUGUGCUGAAUAAUAAAAAUCAAGAUGAAAAUAUUUCAAGUGUAGCAAGUGCGGCAAAGACUGCCGAGAUAAUAUCAGGAGACAGGAAGAUUGAUUUUGACUUAGACAGUUAUAACCAUGACGUCUUAAACGACUGUCAAACUCACAUUUCUGAUGAGAAUGGAAACUCAAAAGAUGGUGAUAUUAAGAUGACAACAAUGUGUGCUCCUAAAAUGAAAUUUACUAAGUCCCACUUGGCUGAAUCUGGAUUCUCCAAUGGAUUGACUGUCUCAUUUGAGUUUUUGGUCAAGUGGGUUGGGAAAUCUCACAUCCACAACAGUUGGAUUCCUGAAUCUGAUCUGAAAGUUCUGGCGAAACGGAAACUGGAGAAUUACAAGGCAAAGUAUGGGACAUUGACUGUAAAUCUUUGCCAGGAUCAGUGGAAGCUGCCUCAGCGAGUGAUUGCUACUCGGUCCUCUGUAGGUGGUUCAACUGAAGUAUAUGUAAAAUGGACUGGUCUUCCUUAUGAUGAAUGCACUUGGGAAAGAACCAGUGAACCUGUAAUUGCAAAGUCGCUUCACUUGGUUGAUUUAUUCUUUAAUUUUGAACGCCAAACGCUGGAUAAUGAUUCUGAAAAACAUGAUUCAACAUGGAGGAAAGGCAACUUCCAACAAAGUGAGGUAAUUACUCUCACUGAACAGCCUAAAGAGCUAGCAGGGGGUUCUUUGUUUCCACAUCAGCUGGAAGCAUUAAAUUGGUUGCGCAAAAGCUGGCAUAAAUCAAGAAAUGUGAUACUUGCUGAUGAAAUGGGCCUCGGAAAAACAGUAUCAGCUUGUGCUUUUUUAUCAUCAUUAUAUUUUGAAUUUAAAGCUACUCUGCCUUGUCUGGUUUUGGUUCCUCUAUCCACAAUGCCCAACUGGAUGGGUGAGUUUGCUCUAUGGGCUCCUAACCUCAACGUGGUGGAAUAUCAUGGGAACAUGAGGGCUAGAACCAUAAUUCGCCAGUAUGAAUGGCAUGCAUCUGAUCCUAGUGGGUUGAAUAAGAAAACAUCAGGUUAUAAGUUCAAUGUUCUUUUGACUACUUAUGAAAUGGUUCUUGCUGAUUCCUCUCAUCUACGUGGAGUUCCUUGGGAAGUUCUUGUGGUUGAUGAGGGGCACCGUCUGAAAAACUCUAGCAGUAAGCUUUUUGGCUUGCUAAACACUUUCUCAUUCCAACAUAGGGUACUGUUGACUGGUACUCCCCUUCAGAACAAUAUAGGGGAGAUGUAUAAUCUGCUAAACUUUCUGCAGCCAGCUUCGUUUCCUUCCCUCUUUUUAUUUGAGGAGAAAUUUAAUGAUCUAACAACUGCCGAAAAGGUAGAGGAACUGAAGAAACUUGUAGCCCCACAUAUGCUUCGUAGGCUUAAAAAGGAUGCCAUGAAGAAUAUCCCCCCAAAGACUGAACGAGUGGUUCCAGUUGAGUUGUCAAGUAUUCAGGCAGAAUAUUAUCGUGCCAUGUUAACAAAGAAUUAUCAGGUCUUACGCAACAUAGGGAAAGGGGUUCCGCAGCAGUCGAUGCUAAAUAUUGUGAUGCAGUUACGAAAGAUUUGCAAUCAUCCUUAUCUUAUACCUGGCACUGAACCUGAAUCUGGAUCGGUGAAUUUCCUUCAUGAAAUGCGAAUAAAAGCUUCAGCCAAGCUGACUUUGCUGCAUUCUAUGCUCAAGGUGUUACAUAAAGAAGGUCAUAGAGUCCUUAUCUUUUCACAAAUGACCAAGUUACUUGACAUCCUUGAGGAUUAUGUGUCUAUUGAAUUUGGGGUAAAGACAUAUGAGCGAGUUGAUGGCUCUGUCUCUGUGGCAGAUCGACAGGCAGCAAUAACUCGUUUUAACCAAGACAAGAGUCGAUUUAUAUUCCUUCUCUCAACACGUUCUUGUGGCCUUGGCAUCAACUUGGCAACUGCUGACACUGUCAUCAUCUAUGAUUCUGACUUCAACCCACAUGCAGACAUCCAAGCCAUGAAUCGGGCACAUCGAAUUGGACAAUCAAACCGAUUACUGGUGUACAGGCUUGUUGUCCGUGCUAGUGUUGAAGAACGCAUCUUACAACUUGCAAAGAAGAAAUUGAUGCUUGAUCAACUUUUUGUGAACAAGUCUGGGUCGCAAAAAGAGGUGGAAGACAUCCUAAAAUGGGGAACUGAAGAACUUUUUGGGGAUUCUUCUUCCAUACCAGAAAAAGAUGGUGAAAACCAAAACAAUAAAGAUGAAGCAGUUACGGAGCCUAAUACCAGGAGGAGAACUGGUGGCCUUGGGGAUGUAUACAAAGAUAAAUGUGCAGAUGGUAGCAGUAAGAUUGUGUGGGAUGAAACUUCAAUUUUAAAAUUGCUAGACCGCUCAAACGUCCCAUCUGAUUCACCUGAUAAUGCUGAAUCAGAAAUAGAGAAUGAUAUGCUUGGUUCAGUGAAGUCCCUAGAAUGGAAUGAUGAACCGGCAGAAGAACAAGAUGGAACAACAUCUGUUCCUGUGGCCACUAGUGAUUUUUAUAAAAAAGAUGAUGAUCUGGUUGGCAGCAAUGAAGAAAAUGAAUGGGACAGGCUUCUGCGACUUAGAUGGAAGAAAUACCAAAGUGAGGAGGAAGCAGCCCUUGGCCGGGGAAAACGUCAAAGAAAAGCUGUUUCUUACAGAGAAGCAUACGUGGCGGCACACCCAAGUGGAACACUGAGUGAAAGUGUUGCAGAAGGGGAACUGGAGCUUGAACCAGAGCCUGAGCGAGAGUACACUCCAGCUGGACGAGCUCUUAAAGCAAAAUAUGCAAAGCUUCGUGCUAGACAAAAGGAACGGUUGACAAAGAGGAAAGCAACUGUAUCAUCUACUCCCAUCAACGGAUUGUUCAGACUAGAGUCACUUCCUCAACUCCCUCCUCUGCGUGCUAAAGAAGGUAAUCAAAUGACCAUAUCAACUCGGCCUGUUGAAGAGAAUGCUACAACCACGAACUUAGAAAAUAAGAGUCAUAGUCAAACCGUAGGAUCAAAUAGCAAGACUGACUCAACCAUGAUGCUGGGCAAGAUAUCAGAGCAUAAAUCUACUAUUGAUUUGGAGCUUAUGUCUAAUCGCUUUCCAGAUAUUUCCCCGUCAAAUGACCAUUUAAAGGGCACAAGCUCCAUGAAUUCUAUGUAUAACUUGUUGCCAGUUUUAGGAUUGUGUGCUCCUAAUGCUCCUAACGCUAACCAGUUGGAGCCAUUGCAUCGGAAAUUCUCAAGACCAAAUAAAAGACAAUACAAACAAGGACUUGGGCUGGAGUUCCCAUUACCUGCUACUUGUUCUAGCAUGUUAAAUGACAUGACUGCUAAAGGUAACGAAGCAGUCUCAGGCAGAUUCAAAUUUCCGGAUAUUUCUUCGGGCUCUUCUCUUUCACAACAUAAAAGUGACAUCCCUGAUAAUUAUCUACCCUUGAAUCCACAUCAUCUGGAUAUUCUGAGAGGAAAAAGCUCGGCGGAGCAUCUAGGAAACUGUGGUGCUAAUUUCUCUGGUUUUCGAGAAAAGACUCUCUUGCCCAAAUUACCUUUUGAUGAGAAGCUUCUGAGAUAUUCAUUUCCUAGUACAAACUAUUCCCAUCCAACUCCUGACUUGUUCUCAAGCUUAUCGCUGGGAUCUAGUAUUGCAGACAGAAAUAAUUCUGUCCCUGAACUCCCUAAGAUUCCGUUAUUGCCGAAUAUCAAAUUUUCACCUGAUCUUCCCAACUGUAAUCAACAAGAACAGCAGAUGCCUCCAGGAUUAUGCUCGGAUCAGGUGCCACCUUCAUUUUUUGCAUUUCCUGAAAACCAUCGGAAAGUUCUUGAGAAUAUUAUACUGAGAACUGGACCUGGCUCCAGCAAUCUGCUGAAAAUGAAAUCAAAGGUAGAUAUCUGGUCUGAGGAUGAACUUGAUUAUCUGUGGAUUGGUGUUCGUAGACAUGGAAGGGGAAGGUGGGAUUCAAUGCUACGAGACCCAAAGCUAAAGUUUUCGAAGUUCAAAACUGCUGAAGAUUUGUCAGCAAGAUGGGAAGUAGAACAACUUAAGAUCGUGGAUGGGUUAGGAUUACCGGGACCAAACUCUUUCAGGCCUCCAAAGUCCACGAGUUCACUCUUAUUUUCUGGGAUAUCUGAUGGUCUGAUGGCACGUGCAUUGCACGGAACUAUCUCUGAUGGAAUGAUGGCUCAUGCAUUGCCUGGGUCUAGCUCUGAUGGAAUGCUGGCACGGGGAUUGCACGGAAGUAAAUGUGAUGGGCCAGUGAAAUUCCACACCCGCAUUACAGAUAUGAAAUUGGGUCUUGGUGAUCUGCCAGCUAGUUUGCCACACCUGAAACCGUCUGAUCCGCCUCUUCAAACUUGGAUUUCGGAUACGUUCCCAGCAAAGUUGUCCAGAGACUCCUCUGCAGGACCUUCUGAUAGAUUAGUUCUUUCUUCUGGCAUCACAGAGUCUCCAUUUCUGUUGAACUCAUCAGGAUCUAGUAGUUUCCAUUCUAUUGGUUUAAAUUGUUCAGACAGUUCUAAGGUACAGCAGCUGGAGAGACGAUGGGAUACAACUAGAUUGGGUUUAUUGCCUGGCCUUGGUAACAUGGGUAGCAGCGAGCAUACUGGUUCUUUUCUCGUUGCCAAUUGUAACAGGGACCAGAAGGUUCCCCAAUCUAAAGGAAAAGAAGUGGUUUCUACCUGUACUCCAAAGGAAAAGCUUCCUCAUUGGCUUCGAGAAGCAGUAGAUGCUCCUGGUAAAACUCCUGAACCUGAUUUGCCACCGACUCUGUCUGCAAUAGCACAAUCUGUCUGUGUCUUGUAUGGGGAAGAGUCCUCCAAAAUUCCCCCAUUUAUUGACCCGGGACUACCUCCCCCCCGUCCCCAGGAUCCUCGAUGCAGUUUGAAGAAGACGAAGACGAAGAAGAAGAAGAAGAAGAAGAGAUCACAUUUUGCCAAUCAGGUCUCUCAAGUGGUUGCCAGUAACUGCCAAGAUAGCCACCCUGGAGAACAUGUUUGUUCGUCAUCCGUUCUUCUAGAGCCAGCCUUUCCUCUGCAUCCAAACUCGAGUGAUGGGGUUUCAGGAUUCCCUAGGAUUGAGCCAAACUUCAACAUAGCUUCUCUCAAUCCGAAAAUGAUGAGCCGAUCAUCUUCAUCUGGGACAACUACAAUCAAGAAAGUGACUGCAGGAUUAUCCCCUUCACCUGAAGUCCUCGAAUUGAUCUCUUCUCGUGUUGCACCAGGUCCACCUCCUGCAACACACCCAGGCUUCAGUGACAGCUUGCUCCCUUUGCAAAAUUCUGUUGAUCGAGGAAGCUCGGAACCCCAAGAUGCAUGUGCGGAACACAAGUCAAAGCAGAGGGCACCUGCUGUAGAAGAGCAGACAGGAAGUGGUGAUUCCAGCAAAACGCUGUCUGAUCCUGUUCACUCCGAACAGCCAGAUGGAGAGGAGGUGUCUUCAGAAGGGACUAUAACAGUUCAACCUGUAAGCAACCAUGAACCAUAG